ACAUGCCAGUAAACACGGCAUAGACGCUGCGCCCCUGACAGGCGUCUGCUGCUUCUACAGCGACUCGUAUAGUACUAAUUAGUUUUGGCGCCAGCCAUGCUGACAAAACACGGAAGUUCACGAAAUGCUCUUCUGGGAAUUAGAUCACCCCUAUUAUGGAACAGCCCCGAGAACUGGGUCACUUGGGUAGGAAGUAGCCGCAAAACGUGGCCGAUCGCCAAGUCCAGUCUUUGGGGGCCGUGGCUAUAUCCGCGUGCAGAUUUCAUAUCCGAAAGCACAGCCACACUUUCCAAUUUGGUGCUCUGGGGAACUGUUUGCUUGUUAGCGGUAGCCGGGUUUGGAAAAUUUCUCGAGGGACGAUUAUUGUUGCCUGUAGUUUCAGCAUACAUGGAACUGCAGCCUGCAAGGACUUCACACAUUUCGUCACUCUGUACUCUACCAGACUAUGGAGUCGUAAAGCAAAACUGUCGUGACUAAAGAUAUCAGAGACUCAACAACUCAUUGCACGCCUCAUGUGUUCCAUUAUAAGACGUCUGCUUUGAAGUUUCCCGGAGGUACUGGGUAGUCUGGAAAAGACAUAUCUUCGACAUAUUGCGGCCGGGCUAAACAAUGGGGGCGAGCCUCUCAUUGCGGCCACUUCUG